AUGGAAGCACCGGAUCAAUCGGACCGAUUUUUUUUUGGGUUUAUUCUGCUCCUCCGUCCCGAAGAAGUAAAACCCUAGGAAGAGAAACUCUCCCCUCCUCCCCCUCUCUUCGAGCGGGGGACAGGAAAAAGAAGAACCCUAGGGAGGAAUAAUCUUUGAGGGUCAAGCAUUCCUAUAAUUCUGACUAAUUCUAUCAAAGAACGGAAGAGGAGGUGAGCAGCUCGAUCAGAUCUGACCUGGAAGUAAUGGCCGGUGCCACCCUCCUGGGGCGUCGGAGGCAGCGCGUCCCACGGUGACUGGUUCAGCUCGCAUACACUCAUCUCCAGGUCAUGAGCCGCCGCCAUCUCCGCAGCAGCACAUCCGCCAGCGCAAGAUGGGUUCGGAAUCGAUGGAGAGGAGAGAACCCUCGACGGAUGCUUACGGAUCCUCAUCGCGACGAUGAAUGCCGCUGCCUAACACCGAGGACCCAAGGCGAUGAAACUGGCUGAAGUAAGGAAAAAAGGAGAGAGAGAGAGUGAAAGAGAGAGAGAGAUCGACCUGAUGCCCGAAGAUCUUCUCAGAGAGAGAGAGAGAGAGAGAGGUGGGUUUUGGGUCUUCUGGUAUUGUUGGAGCUGCUUCAGCUCUUUCUCAAGCAUUUCACCCCUUAGAGUUGAGUAUUUAUUUAUAUAUCCCUUUACGUUUGCGUCGGAUCAGGGCCGUCCAGUACGCUCGUAGCUUCAAUCGGACGGUGGGAUUAGAAAGUAAGAGGGAAAUUAGUAAAGUUAUUUUCAUAACAUUUUGACCUUUUCUUCACGCCUUUCAGAAGUUUCUUGACUCGGACGGCGGGAGAUUGAACUGUACGGGCCAACGGAUCGGUCCAGCCGACGCCCCGGCCCGGCAAGAAGAUCAGUUCGAAAAAUCGAAGUGUUGCGAUGUGAACGCAUACUUAUGCCACCAGUCAUGUUUUGCAAGGUGAGGGAAUAUCCACUCGAGGGACUCGAGCUACGGGGGGAACGUGACUCGCUCCUGCCGGACAUCAAGGUGAUUAUGGUCACCUUCCUGGGGCCCACUGCGCCUUGUAAAAACCCGAGUCUGCUCUUGACUUCGCAGUCAACGCCAAAUUUAUCUCACUGAGCGGUAUCUGGACCCCCGCUGUCCGAAAGGAGGCACUAGUCGGUGGGUCAUCCACUGAAGAACCAUGUCCGCCGGUCGCAAGGGGAAGAAGGGAGCUCAAGGAGAAGCUCAACGGGAUGCUCCAACCGUCGGAUCACCAGACUCGUUGGAGGUCUCCUCCCCGGAGGUGGUGGUGGUUGUGGUGCGGGCAGUGGCCAUGGUGAUUCCUCGCCAUCUUCGCCGCCGUGCUCCGCCCUGGGGUGGCGGUGCUCCACCGGAUGGAAACCUGAACGGCCGUAACUGAGGAUAGAGAUGGUAAGCUUCUACGACGAGCAUGGCAGCUGGGGGAGGUCUUUCCAGGGGAUGAUGGAUGCGGUGAGGUCGAACAAGAUGAAGUACACACUGAUUGAUUUAAAAUUAUUGUCAUUAAAAUCAUUAAUCUUACAUUUAUAAAUUGAUUUUUGGAGGUUAGUUUUCUUGAAAAUUAUUGGAAAACCAGGUCAAACUCAAGGAGGAUUUGAAAUCACGGCGUCCACACCAGUGUUUCAUUAAUUCUGGCGACGAUGCUCGCUAUUCCGGCGGAUGAAUUUAGCCAAUGCUGAUUGCUGUCUCUUGAUAAUAAUGUAGGAAAUGGAAUGAAAAUAGAAAUAAACUUCUAGCUUCUCCCUCUUGUUUUGACGAACAUGUGGAGCAUAUGGCUAUCACGUGUAAGAGGUUCGAACAGUUGAUCUUCUUCUUGCUGCACCAUGGGAGGAGAUCCACGAUCGUUGCCUGAUGCUGUCACCAUCAGAAGGAAAAGGAGGGAAGAGCUGGCCCGCCUAUGGUGUGCAAGCGGCGCCAAGGGAGAAGGGGAGAGGAGGCCGGUUCCAUGGUAGGAGAGGACCAUACCAAAUAGAGGAAGAGGUGAUCGUGAAUGAGGGGGUAAGCUGGCAGGGGCUCUUCUUUUGGGAUUAUAUGCCAUAUUGUAGGCGUGCCCCUUAUGCCCCUUUUAAUCUGCAAAAAUAACAAGUAAGUUAAUUUUAUAAUUUUAUCCUUUUAUGUUCACUAAUUUUUCAAUAGUCUAUGA